UAUAACAUGAACCAUAGAAUCUCAUUUAUUUACCCCUGCACUGAGCACAAUACAUGUGUCUGACUUCAGCAUAUCUGCCGAUUUUGAUAUGAAAAUUAGACAUGAAGAAUCAACCACAGCCCUAGGUUGCUUAUGUCAAUGUUUAAUCACCCUGUUAAAAAUUCGUGCUUUUGUCUGAGAUAUGAUUUCAUCUCACUUCAAUUUCUAGCCCUUGGUCUUUGCUAGGAAUUUCUUCUCUAGGUUACAGAGCCCAGAGUUGCUGCCUUUUAAAAUUUCAUUGUGUACCCGCUUCUGUGGCUGCAUAAAUAAAAGAAGCCCUAUAGCAUGUCAUUAUUUUAUUUUAAUUUUAUAUUCCAUUAUAAUUCCUCUUCUCUAUGUCAUUGGUCCGUAUUUCUCUCACCUGUACUGAAGUUUUACAGUCCUAUUGGGGGUGUUGGUUGUAGCCGUGUUAGUCUAAGGACAUAGGCAGACAAGGUUCUUUGGGUAAAUAUAAUAUCUUCUAUUAGACCAAAUAAAUAGUUGGAAAAAUUGUACUUUGCAAGCUUUCAGGUACAAAAUGUCCUUAGACCAACAUGGCUACACCCCAGAAACACAGAAGAUACUGAAUUUUGCAGUUUGAAAUGGAAACUUCACAACAUGGAAAAGAAGAGGAGGGUGUUUGCACCCGAAAGCUUCAAAGAACAACUUUUCUAACUAUUUAGUUGGCCUAAUAAAAGAUAUCACAUCUACCCAGAGAACCCCUGCCAAUAGGGCAGACAAGAUUUGUUGGGUAGAUGUGAUAUUUGUUAGGCCAACUAAACAGUUGGGAAGAUUGCUCUUUGCAAGCUUUAAGGUACAAAAUGUUGUUAGACCAACAGGACUACAACCAACACCCCCGCAACACAGAAGAUACUGAAUUUUGCUGUUUGACAUGGAAACUACUCAAAAAAGAAGAGGAGGGUGUUUGCACUGAAAGCUUGCAAAGAACAGCUUUUCUAACUAUUUCGUUUCUCUAAUAAAAGAGAACACAUUAAUUUCCCCUGAGAACCUUGUCUGCUCACAUCCCUAUUUCAAGAGGUUCUUUGGGGAAAUGUGAUCUCUUUUAUUAGACCAACUAAAGAGUUGGAAAAAUUAUUAUUUGCAAGCUUUUGGGCGCACACACCCAUCUUCGGACAGAGGGAAAGCUGGUACAUCUUCAGGCAGGGGGAAGCUCUCCAGGCAGAGGGAAAGUUGGUACAUCUGCAAACAGAGUGAAAGUCUCCGGGCAGAGGGAAAGUCUUUAUAGAACGAUAGAAAAUAAGGGUUGAGAGACCUCAGGAAGUCAUCUAGUCCACCUGCCUGCUCAAAGCAGGACUAUUCCCAUCUAUAUCAUCCCAGCCAGGGCUUUGUUGGGCAGAGGGAAAGUCUGUACAUCUUCAGGCAGAAGGAAAAAUCUUCAUUCAACCACAGAAAAUGAGGGCUGGAAGGGACCUCAGGAGGUCCUGCUCCAAGCAGGAACAUCCCCAUCCCCAUCCAUAUCAUCAUGGCUUUGUCUCGCAGAAGGGAAAGUCUGUACAUCUUCAGACAGAGGGAAAAUCUUCAUUGAACCAUCAAAAAUGUGGGUUGUAAAGGACCUCAGGAGGUCAUCUAGUCCAACCCCCUGCUCAGAGCAGGACCAUUCCCAUCCCAUUUAUAUCAUCCCAGCCAUGGCUUUGUCCAGCAGAAGGAAAGUCUGUACAUCUCCAGGCUGGGGGAAAAUCUCCAGGCAGAGGGAAAGUGUGUACAUCUUCAGGCUAGGGGAAAGCCUCCGGGCAGAGGGGAGGGCUGUGCAUCGUCAGGCACAGAGGAAGCCUCCAGGCCGACGCCGGCAGAGGAGCAGCCCGGAGGCAGAAGGCAAGCCUGCACAUCCCUACCGCCCCCGGGGCUGGGCGGGGCGGGGGCGGUCCCCGGCCCGGAUACCUGAGCGGGGCGUCACGUGGCCGCCACAUCAUCUCGCGCUCAAAGCCAAGGCCAGGAAGCCGGGGCGGCGGCGGCGGCGCGCGGGGAAGAUGCUGCAGUCGCUGGCCGGCAGCUCGUGCGUGCGGCUGGUGGAGCAGCACCGCUCGGCCUGGUGCUUCGGCUUGCUGGUGCUGGGCUACGCGCUCUACCUGGUCUUCGGCGCCGUGGUCUUCUCCUCCGUGGAGCUGGCGGCCGAGGACCUGCUGCGCCAGGAGCUGGCCAAGCUCAAGCGGCGCUUCCUGGACGAGCACGCCUGCCUGGGCGAGCCGCAGCUGGAGCGCUUCCUCGCGCGGGUGCUGGAGGCCAGCAACUACGGCGUGUCCGUGCUCAGCAACGCCUCGGGCAGCUGGAACUGGGACUUCACCUCCUCGCUCUUCUUCGCCAGCACCGUGCUCUCCACCACGGGGUAUGGCCACACUGUGCCUUUGUCAGAUGGAGGAAAAGCCUUCUGUAUCGUCUACUCUGUCAUCGGAAUUCCCUUUACACUGCUUUUCCUGACAGCUGUGGUACAGCGCAUCAUAGUUCAUGUCACCCGACGGCCUGUGCUAUAUUUCCACGUUCACUGGGGUUUCUCCAAACAAGUUGUUGCCAUCGUCCAUGCAGUGGUUCUUGGGUUCAUCACUGUGUUGUGUUUUUUCUUUAUCCCAGCAGCAAUAUUUUCUGCUCUGGAGGAUGACUGGAAUUUUUUGGAAUCUUUUUACUUUUGUUUCAUUUCCCUGAGCACCAUUGGCCUUGGAGACUAUGUUCCAGGGGAAGGUUAUAAUCAAAAAUUCAGAGAGCUGUAUAAAAUAGGAAUUACGUGUUACCUGUUGCUGGGCCUUAUUGCAAUGUUGGUGGUUCUAGAAACUUUCUGUGAACUCCAUGAGCUCAAGAAGUUUAGAAAAAUGUUUUAUGUGAAGAAGGACAAGGAAGACGACCAAGAGCACAUAAUAGAACAUGACCAGCUUUCCUUCUCCUCUAUUUCGGACCAAGCGGCUUCCAGGAAAGAGGAUCAGAAAGUAAAUGAGCCUUUUGUGACUGGUCAAUCUUCAGUUAAUCAUGGUUCUAUUAAUAAUUAAUAUAAGGGCACCCAUCCCAACAUUAUAGUGCACUUACACUAUUACAGUAAGAAAUAGAAUGCCUCUCUCUCUCUCUCUCUCUCUCUCUCUCUCUCUCUCUCUCUCUCAAGUAUAAGCGCUGAAAAACAAUGUAACAAGUAUUCAUCAUUUCAGGCACUGGAAAGAUUUCUGGAGCAAAUUAAUGUGUCUAAAACGGAAACUACACUAGGAGAGUUGUCGGAGAUAUGACACACAGUUGGCUGUAAUACCUGAGACCAGGAUCACCUAUAAUGUGGCAUGGAAGGAUGGAUGCAAGGUAUGGACUGGCAUCCACACUCCUAAGACAGGUAUAGUCUGCACUCCUUCAGUGCAGCCCCGUACCUCCAAAAGUGGGCUUGUGUCCACACUCCCAUGCAGUUACACACCCUAUGGGCAGUCCUUCCACUAGGCCUGGAGAAAAUAUUUUCAGUGAAGAAAAUUCACUGAAAAAUACAGCUUCUGUCAUCCCCACAGUAUUCAUUAAUGGACAUUAAUACACCAAAUACUUUCAGGUGAAAGAGUUUUUACAAGGGGAGGACUAGAUGCACAAAACUGCCAAAGAACCUGCCAUGCCAUUAUGUAGUAGAUUGGGGUUACAGCACUGACCUGGGAUGUAUGUGAGUUGGAUUCAAUUCCAUCCUCUGCCUUAGGAGCCUUCAACCCACGUCAGACUUUGCAGGAGUACACCCUUUAUUUAGUAGCUGGCAGGAAGCUAUUCUGGAAAAGAGUUUUCUCAUUUCUUUCUGUUAAUCCUGUUCCAUGGUAUAAAAAUACAUGAAUAGACAUCAAGACAGAAGGAAGUAGGUAAUGAACCUCCAGCCUGGUGAUUAGGACAUUCUAUUGAAAAAUGUGACACCUAGAUUCCAACCUCUUCUCCAGUGAGUGUUGACUUAUAUAUACAGAGCAGGACAAUGUCAGCAGCAGAGAUCGUGAGCACCCACCACAAGCUUGGAGGCUGAGCAAAAUGGCUUAAUAUCCUGUCAGGAAAAGGAUGGAAUCAAGCCUUUUUCUCCCAUGACCUUAAUCAGUGCUGUAACCUCAAGCCAGGUGGUGAAAGAGGGGUAACAGCAACAGCUUUGUGAACCUAGCCUUUUACUUCCUUUGCUUUUCCUACAAAUGCACAAAACUGUGUUUCAUUUUUAAUCCAAUGGAACAUUUCAGGUUGAAAUAAAUAAAACUUUUCAGUCUUUUUCAAGGAGGAGAAUAAAAUGAAAAAUUUUCAAUCUGGUUUCCAGCAAACUGGAUUUUUGUUGUUUUUGUUUGUUGUUUUUUGGCUUGGCUUGGCUUGGCUUGGCUUGGCUUGGCUGUCAACAGGAAAAAUUAUCUACGUGUAUAGAGCAAGCUAGAUCCCGCUCCUUCCCC